GCGGAGUAGAGUAGAACAGUGCAGUGUGGAACAGAACAGUGCAGUGUAGUGGAGGAUCAGGGAGAGCAGAGAGAGCAGAUUUUCCCCACAGCUCUACAGAAACAGUGAAGAUGACCGACUCUUAGCAUAAUGAAGUUACACUGAAGUUCUCAUUGGAGGUCAUCAGGCUGGAAUGCUAUGAUGUUGGAUGCAAGUCUGCCAAAAUGCUUGCAGCUGUUUGUCUCCCUGGUCAUUGUGUCCAGAAUGGUAUAUGGCAGGGUUGUGGCCCCAGCGCGUCAGGAGGCUGUUGUGGAGCGCCCCUUCACCCUGACCUGCUCGCUGGUGAGGGCUAAAGGGGAAUCCAUCAAGCAGGUGCGCUGGCUGGACAUGCAGAACCAAACACUUAUCUCCUACGUGCCUGGACAGCCAGCCAGUGUGAGUGGACAGCAGCAUGUAGAGCUAGGGAGUGAAGCACGUGACACCAGCAAUGUGAUCAUCAAGCGCGUCAGCCACAGGGACGAGGGCUGCUACACCUGCAUCUUUGAUGUGUAUCCGUCCGGCUCCAAAGAUGGACACACGUGCCUCACAGUCACUGCAUCAGUGGUUCAGGAUGGUAAUAAGACAGCGGUCAGUGGGAAACAGGCAUCUCUGUCCUGUCGGUACGGUCUGCCUGAGAAGGUGGAGCAGGUUUUGUGGAAGAAGACGGUAGAGCGUGGUGAAACUCAGGAGGUGGCGUCCUAUGCUAAGCGAGGUGACCCUACCAUAAAUGAGCAGUAUGCGGACCGCACAAGCCUGAGCCGCUCUCUAUCUGACUCACGGCUCUCCUUACGGCCUGUCAGGACGGAAGACGAGGGCUGCUACACCUGCGAGUUCCACACCUACCCUGAGGGUACCAAGAGCGCCUCCACCUGCCUCACUGUGUUUGUCCUUCCUAAACCUCAAGUGAGCUACAAAACCACGUCUCCGGGUGUGAUAGAGGCUAACUGUACGGCUGUGGCCCGUCCGAAGGCUGAAAUUGUCUGGAAUGUGGAAGGAGACAACAGGACCCUGGGGCCUCCUGUGUCCACCAUCACACCACAGGACGACGGCACCAUACUGGUCAUCAGCACCCUCACCGUACAGGCCAGACUCCUGAAGGACGUGUCCGUCAAAUGCCUCGUCCACCACAAAGGGCUGGAGUCUGCCAUAGCUGUAUCCAUGAACACCAAGAUUGGAACAGCACUGGCCAUCUUGAUCUCGGUAACUGCAGUGGCCUUUCUGCUGGUCAUCUGUCUCUGUGUCUGCCUGUGGAAGUGUGUUCUGCGUAAAGACGACUGAUGUGUGUUGACCACCAGAAGAGGAAGACGAUGAGCUUCAGCUCUAAAUCCAACAGAACACUGAGAACACAGAGACUCACCCUGCUUCACUUAUGGACACAUGGAUUCAGCAGCAUAAGUCCUCAGUAUGACCAGCCAUGUUUAUUAGGCCUGACUCCCAACUACACACUGUCCAGAGACGGAAAAACUACAGGAAGCAGCCUGCACUACAUGAGUAUAUUGUGAAUUUUCAUUGUAGUUUCAAAAAAACUAGUAAUAUAUCUGUUGUUGAUCUUACUUAUUUUUGCAUUUUAUACCCAGGGCUGUGUGUAAACUUACAUUUGACAAAUUUAACAAAUCCCCCCUGGGGUUUUAAGGACACAUGUACAUAUAGCCCCUUUGACACAUGCAGUUGUAUCUGCAAAUACAUCCCAGGCUGUUAUGUGUGAACGCGAACUGAGGUUGAAAUGCCAAGAAAAAUUAAUCCAGCAGUUUGCUUAGAUGAGAUGUUAUAAAAUUACUGGCAAAGUUUCAGGUAUGACCAAAGGCCUGAAUGAAAGAGGGAGAGGUUUUGAAGGUGUUUUUGUCCUGUAGCCAUAUAUUCUGCUUGUUACAUGGUAUAAUAUUAUAAAUAUGCCUUUGUGAACCAAAUAUUAUAAGCAAGAACAUCAGCUGCUUAUAAUGGCAUGUUAUAAAUGAAUAACUUUGCCUCUGUAACAUGCAAGGUGAGGCAGGAUACGUGCACAAAAAAAUAAUAAACACUAGAGUAACAAGAAUAAGCUCAUAAGCACACAGACCUAGAAUGACAGACAAAAGUACAUGUAAGACGUUGUGAUGAACAAGGACAACAUCAGGACUGAAUAUAUUAAGAUAAACCAACACUAGUGAUGCACCAAAAUGAAUAACUGAACCCAAUGAUCAGGACACACUAGGCCUAAAAACCAAAAACCAAAGUUAACAAUAAAAAAAAACAGUUUAUUUAAAACAAACAUACUAAAAUUACUACAGUAUGCAGGUUGUAAUAUGUGCCAAAAAAAAUCCAACAUCCUCAACAACAGUAAACAGUUGGUCAUCCAAGGCAACGAAUUCCCUAAUUUUAGAAAUACUUUACCGGCGCUGUUGUUUGUGACUUUAAGAAACUGUAGCUCCAGAUGGCAUCUGAGUGCUCGCAGGGGCUUUAUUUUCUGUUUCUGUUAUUUUACUGUAUUCUGUGUUUUCAAGCAGGAUGUCAUGAUUUCAAGUGGAAUCAAAACUGUAGUGAAGAGCUGAGAGGGUAGAAACCGUGAAAAGGUUCCACACAACUGACAUCUUCAACCUUGAUCUGCUGCUGCUUCUCAAACUGUUUGAAAACAUCUGUGCUGGUGAGCACAGGAAGGAGGAGGAAACCAACUGUGUUUUUAAUAACCAAUUCUCAGUUUCAUUGCCAUUAAAAUUACUGUUCAAGACGAUUCUGACUCCACAUUGUAGGCUUUGUUUUUUCCUGUUGCUGUCAGUUCAGUGCAUCCCUUAGGCUGACUUUACACAGUGAAACUUCCACGCGACAUGAGUUGCUUGAAACCUACAUGAAAGUAAACUGCACAUGUGUAUUUUGUCAGUUAUCUGAGCCAGAACAACAAAUGUGAGUUUCUCUAAGGGAGCGUUUCUUUAAACAGCCAACAGCUGUUUAAACGACUGCUUGGGUCACCCUUUAUUCUAUGUUAGCCUGUUGUUAUUGUGAUUUAUCUAGCUACAUUUUCUCCUGUUGUGAUGCAACCAAUUUUACACAGAGCUCAGUUUCAUUUGGAUUUCAAAGGAUGAAUUGAUUGGAGAUAAGGAGACAGAAGCGCAUUCCUUGAUGAAUCUACAUGGACAGGCAUCACAUUGGCUAUUACCAUAGUUACACAUUAAUUUUCAUAGGCUUAACACACACAAAGCACAUUAGAAAAGUCAAAUAUACUGUAAAGACCCAUAGUCAGAUAGAUAAAACACAAAUAUAUAGAUACAGAAAAAAAGAACACCAAUAAAAUCUAGACAAUUUAUAAGAUGAUAAAAUGCUGCAAAUAUGUAAAUAACAUCUCGAAGAUUGCGAUACAGCAUAUUAAAAAUAUAAGCUGCUGUUUAACUAGUGAGGUAAUCCAAAUGUGUUGUGUGCAACUUUAGUUUUGAAUUGCUUUGUGUAACUGUCAACGUAUUAUAAAGGUGAAAUUAUGUUGCAGGCAACUCAUAACAUGCAACUAGUUGUAUAAAAGUUUUACUAUGUAAAGCCAGCCUGACAAACACAACAAGGCAACAGUGAUGGAAGUGAUAUGGGGGCGGAGCCAGAUUGUUCCAAAAGAAUCCAUAAUAAGAUCCAUGCAUGAUCCAUUUACCCACCCUUGUUCAUAGAUUAGAUAUCACAGUAUCAGACUUUAUAUUUUCCAAUUUUUUUCUGAUAUGUAUGAACUCACUGAACUUGGCAAUGUUCCAGCAAUAGACUGCAAAUAUGAAAGGGAGAUUCUUCAGCACUGCUACAAAAGCUAAUCAGAUGAUGUUCUUGGUUUUAUAUCUAAAAAGGCCUCAUGUUUGCACCCUGAAGAACUCCAAUCUGGUACUUAGAUCCCUAUUAUGGGUUUAUGUUGCGAUCUCCAAGUUUAAGUAGACGUCGAGGGCCUUUAUGGUGCUUUGGCACUCUCAAACAGGCUUUGCUGCUUCUGUCAUAUACAGAAUCAAAUACAGUUUCCUGUAAUUCCAUGCUGCUCAGAAAUGUAUCUAGUCUGAGGCUGAAAGGUGCAGCGUGGUUAUGAAUCUGUUGACACCGUAGCUGUUGAAACACCGAUUCUGUGUUUGCGUCACUUUCCUGGAAAUUUGUAUGUUUGUGUCUGUGUAUGUGUGUGUGCUGAAGUCUUUGCAGACAGGUUGAGUCUUUGUGCUCUCACAGUGUGUGCAGCAUGCAGUCGAUGGCAUCAGCUGAUGCAGCAAUGGGCGUCAGGAGAGGAUGGUAAAGGCGCCGAGUGUUCCAGUACAGAAUGCAUUAGCCACAGUGUGUGGGUUUGGGCAUGUGUGUGUGUUCAGUAUAUAAGUCUGUGUGUGCGUGCGCGUGUGUAUGUGUGCUUAUGUAAUACGUAAAAUGGUGUUAUUUUAGCUCAUAAUGCAUUACAUUGUUUAUAUGACUGGUGGAUACCACUGUAUUGUACAGAUGCAUCGGGCCAAUGGUUGCACUUAACCACACAUUAUUUCUGCUUGUGUUUAUUCAUACAAUUCACAAUAUUUGUGCCUUUAACAUGCAGUAAUGCUUUCUUUUACAGUUCUUUUAAGUUCUAAGUAUUAAUCAGGUAUUAAACUCUGAAGUACUAGGUAAUUAUUUUGGGUAGCAUGAUGGAAAGUUCCAAGACAGAUUCACUGUAAUGUCAGAAAAUUGGUAGGGGUAACUUUACUUUAACCCUGCUGCAUAACACUGACGUAACUAUGCCAUUAACAUGUCAUGGCAGAUGUCAUAUUCAGAGUUGUCAUAACAGAUUUUGGUCAGUAAAAUAACAGUGCCAUGUUACCAUUACCGAUAUCUGUCAUGACAUAUGUCAUUAUGUUUGAUGUCAUGACAACUUACGUCACAUGGUACGUUUUGUUAUGUACUCUGUCAUGACAUCAAACAGCAUAUGACAUCUGCUAUGACAUGUCAGUGUUAUGUAGUAGGGUUCAAGUGUCCUGCAUAAACACAUGACAUUACAAAUGGUGGGUUCAUUUGUACUCACCAUGUUACUUACUCCAAAUAAUUAUCCAGUGAUGAAAUAAUUUAUGCCCUUUUUUAUCUUAAAAGCUAGAACCUGUUUGCAUUUAGGUUUAAUUUAGUCAGACCAUCUGGGUACUUUGUCACAUUUAACCCAAAAUAAUCACCUAGUACUUUGAAGAUUUUGCCAAACACUUACCCAGUCAACCCCUUUAAAAGGCCAGGGCCCACCGGUGGGCCCAAAGUUUUAUUACACACUUCUAUAACCUAAGAAUAGCUCAGCCAGUUUUCACUGAAGUCCCUGUAGUUACUGAGUAAUAAGCCUUAAUUUGUAAUUUGUAAGCCUGUAAUUUCAAGGGGUUAAUAGCUAAAACCUGCUGGUCAUUUUAGUGUAAUUCAGUCAGACUGUCUUGGCACACACCAUCAUUGGUACACAUUUUCAAAAUAAUUACCUAGUACUUCAUAAUUUGUACCUCAAAAUUACCUGGUUAAUACAUAGAAGGGACAGUAAAAAGAAAGUGUUAUUCGAUGCACUACCAUUUAAGUUUUGAAUCAUUGUUCAAAAGUUUGGAAUUACUUUAUAUCCUCUAUAUAUCUUUUAUAGUUUUAUACUUAUAUACAUAUAGUUAUGUACUAUAAAAGAGUUUAGUUGUACGUACAUAUAUAAAAUGAUUGUAAUAUGCGUGUCCUGUACUUCCCAGGUUUCAAAUAGUCAGUAGGACUCUAGGAAACUGUAAAUAAAAAUGACAAAAUGCUGUCCAGAUUGACAAACAGAGCUAUAGACUGUAAAAUGACUGAGAAAGCUGUGGAACAUUGAGGAAUAAGGUACAUUAAUAAAAUAAUUAAAUCCCUUAAACGGCCAAGGUUUUAUUAAACUCUCCUAUAACGUACCACACUUUUAGAACCAGUUUGCAUUGAAGUCCUUGUAUUUACUAAAUAAUAAUAAGCCUUAGUAUGUAAUAAGCCUGGGAUUUUAAGGGGUUAAUAUUAGAAGUAUUAAAUGAAUACAUCAUUCAAAAGUGGUGAUCAACUCUCAAAGCAGACAACAUGACUUAAAAAUGAAUAUAAACACAUAAUUAGAUUACAUGAGUCAUCAUUUUAUUCACUUCUUAUUGACAGAAUUCUCAAAAUAUUGAACAAAAUAAGUAAAACAUACCUGUUGCAAUAUUUACGUCCUCAUUAUGUUUAAUUGUACAUAAAAUAGUAAAACAAAUGUUUACAUGGUAAGUGAAUCCAAACUUUUAAAUUCUAGUUUAGAUUUAUAUGAUUUUAUGCACUCCACUUUUUACAUUUCAUAUAUAAGCUUAGUUUAUCUGGAGUUCAGUGUCGACUAUGUCCUGUGUUUCCCUGCUUUAAAUUUAUGAGUUAUAGAACAUUAUCAACAGAACUGCAAAAUGUUAGAGUUUAUUUACUGCAAUCAGUAGUCUGUUUAUACAA